GAAAAGCUAAAGCAGCUGGUUGUAAUUGAACCCCCUUUGACGCAUUCCAUUGUACAUAUAAAAAAUUACUAUAUUAAGUUGUGUUUUUUUCAGAUUACUAGUUAUAUCUCUCGGGUAGUUAUUUACUUAGGUUUUACAAUUGCUUAAGCUUUCAAAUUAUUCCGCUAUGGCGUUCGUUAAUGAAAACGUUCGGGACGAACUGUUUGUUAUUUGGAGUGCUAAAACUUGGCACUUAGCAAUACCUGAAUCUCAUGAAGAUGGAGGCAUUCAUCUGUCAGAAAAAUCGCUAUUGUUAAAGAUUAUAUUUCCUCCUUAUAGGUUGAUUUGACACCAUUCAUAUGUUAAUGAAGCGGGCAAAAGUUAACCACAUUAUGCCGAUGGAAAGAAGGUUUACUAGAAGCCUUCUGUCGGCUAAAAUGGACUUCAUUCCUCUGUUACCAGUGGAGAUAAGUCAAUUAAUCUUUCGACGUUUGACUGUGAAAGAAUUAGCCAGAUGUUUAGGUGUAUCUAAGCGAUGGCGAGAGCUUGCAAAUAUUAAUUAUCUUUGGAAAAGACAUUGCCUUAUAUAUGGACUGGAAAUUGAUGAAGACAAAAAAUUCCAAAGAAAUGCAAAAUGUGACUUAUGCAAAUGGGCUCAAAUUUGGUUCAAUUUUCGGAGAAGUGCUGCCUUUGGCUGGAGGUCUAAAAUCUGGAAAACACGUGAAAUAGACAAAACUAAUAUGUACAUGCGAAAUGCUUCUGAUGGUGAAUCACUAGUAUUUUGUACUGGUUCAGUGCUCACAGUGCGGAAAAUUUCGCAACUUGGUAAAACCAAAUAUUCCUUAAGACUACCUUUGCCCCAUGAUGCUUCAUCAUGUUUAGCAGUAGAUAACAGGUAUGUAGCCGUUGCUAAAUGUAAUAUUGUGCUGAUUUAUAAGAUUGGUAUUAAUCGUUACAACUGCUGCAUGGCUCUGGCAAUGAAUGGAGAUGUAAUUCUAAAAACUCGUAAAUAUGUUCGCAGGUUUGUGAAGGCUAACAUCAAAGAAACUAGCUCAUGUGUUUGUAUCAUUGCCUUGUCCAAUGGCUGCAUCUGGCUACGAGAGCAUGGAAGAUACAAAACCUUUGUAAUUAAUUUAAUUAAUGAAAAGGUCACACAAGUAGAAACUCAUUUCUAUCGCUUUGUAACAAGGACGUAUAUUGUCAGCUGGUCGAGACGUAAAUUAAGAGUGGAUAACUUUAAAGGACGUAAUAUUUUAAAACUUUGCAGAGAUGUUAAUAAAGCAAGAGCAAACCAUCACGUUUUGGUAACAUUUGGUUUUACCAGUGGGAGAGAAGAUAUUGAGCAAGUGAUGGAAACUUGGGAGCUAUCUACUGGGAAAAGGCUUUUAUGCAUGCCUAGGCCUAAAAAUGCCUUUUUUGAAAUACACCCAUCUCGGGAUAUUUUAUAUCAGAUAGAAGCUGAGAAAGAUUAUAUAACAUCUCUUUGCCCUGUUACAGGUCGAGUGUUUUGGUAUGUUAGAGUACCUAAUAUUAAAGAUAUUCUUGACUGGUGUCUAAGGGUUGUCUGUGGAAGAUAUUUAGUCCUUUUUCAAUAUAAGUCUUCAGCUGGAGGGCAUACACUUCUAUAUGUUUUUGAUGCAAUAUGUGGACGGUACCUGUAUAAAGCUGAGCGACCACCAGGACACUUAGAGCAUCUGUCUGAUAAUCUUAUUGUUGUGAAAUCAUCUAAUAAAAUAUAUCUUAGAACUUUCUCAUAACAUUGAGGAAUUUAUAGUCUGGGAAUAUUCUCCUAAAGAAAAAAGUAUUGCUGUGAUAGUAGAAGUUCCUUUUAUGAAGGUCAUUCAUGUUCAUUUAUAAUAUUCAAUUAUAGUUUUUUUGUUUUUUUUGAUAAUAAGUAUCAUAUAAUUUAUUUUUUAAAAUCUACUUUGAGGUUGAAUCUGAAAUUAAUUGUAUGUAAAGAUUGCAUAUUGAGUCUCCAGUAAAAAUUUAGGUUCCUUUAAUGUAAUUUAUUAAAUAACGUGUUUGAUGUUUCUACGUAAGUUGUGUUAAAAGUUUUCACUCGUAUAGUUUAUACAACACUGUUUACAUAAAAUGUUUAAAAACCGUCUUGUGUUAAGAUCCUCAAUGAUUUUGACUGUGGGGAAAUAUUUAGAACUUAGUUUAUCAGAUACAAUCCAUGUGAAAAUAUAAAUAAUUAUCGGCCUCAUGUCCGUUAGAUACAUAAAAUAUGAGAUGAGUUGGACCCUUCGCAUUGUUUAGUGUCUGAAUAUUUGCAUCCAUUUUUAUCUAGUGGAAACAAAGCUGUUCAAGAUCUUCCCUUAAAGAAAGGUGAGGCAAUUUCUUUUUUUUUUCCUCAUAUUGGCUAAAAAAGUGUGAGUUUCUUUCUCCACAAGUCUGAAAUAUAAAUCAAUAUCCAAGAGUUUUGUUCUUAAUCCCAUAUUUGCUUUCUAAUAUUUCUAUAAAUUUUUCCAGAUGUUGAACUGUUUUUAUUUCAUAUUUUCUCUAUAGCCUCUGUAAUAAGAAUAGAAGAAAAGAUGUCCCAUAGUUGCAAAAUAUCACAGUGUCUUUGGCUGUUAUAAUCUUUCUUAUAUCAGGUUCCAGAAAUAAUACUGAUCAUCUGUCUGUAUAUUAAACAUAAUAUAGACAUAUUAUUUUAAGUCUAUACUUUUUUAACAACCAUUUUGAUAUCAGAAUUAAGAUUAAUCUGUGUCUGCUGUCUAUGUCCCCAAAUUGUAUUCAGCCCAUGCAUAGACAUUUAAAAAGGCUAAUAACCAACCGUAUACAAUAUUUGAUUUCCAGAUAUUGGAGUUUAGUCAGUGCAUGAAGGUAAGACGAAGAUUUGAGAUAAUCAUUGUGGAUUUUUAAUUCUCUAUACUCCCCAUUUCUUAGUCAAAAUUUAUUGGAAUUCUUGACAUGUAUCAUUUGAAAUAUUUGAUUUAAAAUAACUUGUGUUUUAAAAUCAGCCAAUUGUAUUUUUGAUCUCAGAGCAACAAAAAUCAACAUUUUAAUUAAUGAUUUCUUAUUGCUUUGGUUUUUCAUGUUUCUAUUUAACCUUUCGUGCAAUAAAUAUAAAAUACUCAAAAUAUAUUGCAAUUAGCUAGUCAUAUAUAGGAUAAAAAAAUAUUAAUACCAAUCUGUGAUUGUUCUCAAAAAAAUAUUUUUUAUGUUCUCAUUAUUUAUUCAGAUCAUAUAAUUUUCUAAAUUUAACUCCUGUAUAGACCUUUAAUGAAUAUG